AUGAAUCUACUCAGAAUUUUAAGUGUUCUUAUACAUUCGUCUCUGCUUUUGACACAAGAGACCAACAAGGCUGGAUAUGGCUCUUUGGAUUCAGUACCAGGGAUCUCUGCACCCAAGCGUUCUUCUGGAUAUCACUUUCCUCCUUACAUGAUGCAUCUUUAUAGAAGUUUGAAGUCUGCAAAUCGGUCUGGAGCUUCGAAAGGCGAUGAGCAAAAAGCAGUGGUGAAAGAGCCCGACACUGUCAGAAGUGUAAUUGCAAAAAAAGAUAGUCUUGAAGAUGAUACGAUGAUAUACAUGUUCAUAUUGAUUAAAUAUUCAAUAGUUAUAACGUUUUUGUUUUUUUUUAAAGCUUUUGGACAAAUUGGAAGUCAAUGGGUCGCCACGUUUGAUUUUUCUUCACUGCUCACAGACGAAGAACUUCAGAUGGCUGAGCUAAGAAUCAGGCUACCCACAUUUCCGACUCGCACCGAUUCCUCAGUGGAAAUCCGCCACACACAUGAAUAUCCCUGUAAGAAUGGAAUUUGCCGCUAUCAGCAGCACAUUGGUUUAUUCUCUACAUCAUCGGUGGUGAACUCAUCCACCAACUGGAAAGUCUACAAUGUAACGGAAUUAUUAACUGGAUGGUUUAACACAAACAUGUAUUCCAACAAGUUAAGAAUCAAGACAACAAAGAAAGUCAAACCAGUCAAGGGGAACCCACGGGGCCACAGAAUCACCCUGUCUUCCAUGGAAAGCCCACAAGAUCAGCAUGCUGUCAACGAUAGGGUCUUACUGGUUGUCUAUUCCCACUUGAAAGCAGAAAGGGGACCCCCGGCCAGCCUGCUCCGUACAGCUGAACAGUCCAAAUUUGUGGUUGGUGACAGAAAGGGUGAAGAUAAACAGCAAAAAAGACAAAAACGCAACAGAAAACAGAGAAACUGGCCUAUAAACCCCCCACCAGAACACGGGGCGGUCAGUAGAAAACCCCUUUGUCGUAGAGUGGAUUUUCACAUAGAUUUUAAUCAAAUUGGCUGGGGCUCAUGGAUUGUCUUCCCCAAGAGAUACAAUGCAUACGGCUGCGAAGGUGAGUGCCCUACUCCUGUCGGAGAGGAUUUCAAGCCCACGAAUCAUGCGUACAUGCAGAGUCUGCUGAAGCAUUACCACCCUGACCGGGUUCCCUCUCCAUGCUGUGUUGCGACCAAAAUGAGCUCACUGAGCAUGCUCUAUCAUGAGAACGGGGAGGUGGUGCUCCGCCAUCACGAGGAAAUGACUGUCGAAGAAUGUGGCUGCCACUGAAGAACCGACAGCAAAGAUAUGAAUUGAUGUCUACCUGAAAUUACAGCAGAAGGAGCACUACUUUCUACAAGCUGAGGCAAUGGAAACUUCCAAACAGCUAGAGCUGGUUAAUGCCUGAAGGAGCUUGAGGAAAGUGAAUGAAAGAUUAGCAAAACACCUGCAUGCAUCGCAAAGAAAAUGAAAACACUGGAAAUACUGUAACCUUAUUAUAGUACCACAUUGCUUAUGCAUGGUUCUCAGUACAAAUCGACACACUUAACUUUACUGUUUGGUGCCAUGAAGAUACCACUGGUGUGUUUCAAGGUUUAUAGAACUUUUAUAUUUAUUGAAUGGCUGGGUGAUAUAAUGCAGAGGAGGCCAAACGGAAAUUAUAAUGGUUUUGCAUUUAAGCAUUAGUUUGAUUAGCUAUCAAAGUAGUGCACAAACAAGAUCUGGGGGAGAGGGGGUGGUUAUGUCACCCAUGCGAAGAAUGGUCUGUAAAAAAUGUGCUAAGCAUUGAAGUUAGAUAAUAAGAUUGUAGUUUUAAAUGGUUGUCUUUACAAAUAAAACACCAUUGACUUGUCUUUAUACUGACACUGAAUGGAUCGAAAGACCAAUUAAGCACUCUGAUACGUCAGAUGUAGACUGCAGCCAGUGAUGUAAAAAAGGCUAUUUUAAGCUUUUAUAUAAUUGUAAAUAUUGUAUUAAUUAAAAGUUAUAUACUUAGAUGAGCUAUUAUUUUACUAUUCUGCCA